GGCCAUGGCCGCCGCAGCCUCCUCCCCUCCUCCCGCUCGCCGCGCGCACGCGACCGCCUCCUUCUCUCCUCCCGCUCACAAUGCGCACGCCACGGCCGCCACAGCGUCCUCCCCUUCUCCCGCUCGUCCAGAGGCACGAUGCCCCGGAUCUCCACUCACCGGCGUGCUACCUGGUCUGCAGCCCGGCCACCGCGCAGUGGGCGUCCGUGCCGGCCUCCGGCUGGGUCCCCGCCGCCUCCCAGCAGAUGAUGUGGCUGGAUCCCCAUCGCCUCCCAGCACGCGUUCCACCUCCACCUGCUCCAGUUCUGGCUGGACGAAGAGAUUGAGGCCGAAGAGGACACGGACGAGGAGGACGAGAACGCGGAGCGGGAGGACGCCGAGCACGAGUCCGAGUCCAGCGAUCCCGCUCCGAACUUUCUUUUUCAUCCACGUGUUUGAUCCGAACUGCUUUCCCCCUACAGAUUACAUAUUUCAAAUUUGACCAUACAAAGUUGUGAUUGAAUUUUGCGGCCGCCGGAACGUCGAGGUUUGGGAGGCGGCCCUGAGGACGCUCGGCGUGGGAGCCUUCCUCUGCGCUCAGGCGGCGCCGGGCCGCCGGCGCUCCUUCCUGUCCUCACGCGCGUCAGCCUUACCAGCCUCAUGCUGCUCAUCCCAUGGCCCCUCAGCGGCUCAGCCCUUAUCCUCUGCUGCGGCACGCGUUUGGGCACAACGCGUUUCCUGUUGACUGUUUAAUUAUCUGGUUGCUCUUAGUGUUUUGUUGCAGGCUGUGGGGGUUUCCAGUCUUCCAGGGGAAGGUAUGGGUAAUUGUUUGAAGUAAACUGUAGCAUGCUAAUUUUGAGACAGCCACUUUAUGCUGAAGAAGAUUGGAAGCAUUGCUUACAGUCAAUUCUUGAACAUUGUAGCAUAUAUCUUACUAUGAACAAUAAUGCAGUGAGCAAUAAGCUCCCUAUAGAAUAAUCGUUAUGCUGAACAUUUCAACAGACUUUCUGGUUGGUGCUAUGCGAGUGUUUGAUUGAUGUGGCAUAAUGAUGAGUCAUGCUGGUUCCAGGUACGGAUGCUUUCAUUACAUCAAAGUAAACAUGCAGUUCAUGCCUGGCAUUUUUAGGUCCGCAUUUGAUGCUAAGAAAAUUCCACAAGGAGGAUACACACUUCCUUUUCUUUCUUUGAACUGUAAAUCAUCGACAUAACAAAAGGAGUCUAUUUGGGUGACUCGGUGCUGAAUUGCAAGGUUGAUGAUUCUGCCUGGCUUGCUGUUGAUGCUAAUAAUCAUCUGCCAUCAGCCUCUGCAUCAUCAGCUCUACUACGGCAGGGGCAUCGACGGCCAUAGCAACCUUCACGGUAAGCAUGCCAUGCAGUCAUCUCCACAUACCUACAAACCCGUUCCGAAGACUCAGUCCAAGAGAUGUAUUCUCUCCGUUCAUAUCCAGCCAUGUCUGAAGCAUAGGUAGAGACUGAAUUUGCAGUACAUGCAAACUCAAAAGACGGUAAGCAUGAAUCCAUUCAUAAAUUUUCGUUUAGCAAUAGAAGACUAGGUGCAAAUCAAUGCAUAUUUUUAAGCUGCUUCCUCUUUCUUGUUCAAUACAUUUUAUUAGCACUUUGUAUUAGGGAGAGAGGAGAGACUUGACCUUUUGAUAUUACUCCUGAAAAGCGUAAGACCCUUUGUGAUUCCAGCCGUCUGCACCCUCACAGAACCUUCAGCGAAAGUGAUGAGAGAAGGAUUCACGGCAGCAAGAAGCACUGUCGGAUCAUGAAGCACAAAAAUGCCAUCAAACUUGUCUUUGAGGUGUUAUCAUAAAUUUUUUGCAAGAAGGCCUUGGUUCUAGAAUUCAGGUUAUGCUUCUACAAAGAUUUGAAGUUUACUCAAUUCACACCAUGACUUCUUUGGACACUGUGAGAGGAGAUCUUGCUUUGGUCAUUUUGUACCUAAACAAGGCUGAAGCAAGAGAUAAGAUCUGCAGAGCUAUACAGUAUGGAUCAAAGUUUCUGAGUAACGGAGAACCAGGGCCAGCGCAGAAUGUCGACAAGUCAACUAGUCUAGCUCGGAAAGUUUUCAGGCUUUUUAAGUUUGUCAAUGACCUGCAUGCUCUAAUUAGUCCUCCUGCCAAAGGAACGCCACUUCCGCUGAUCUUACUUGGAAAGUCGAAGAAUGCAAUGCUGUCAACUUUCCUCUUCCUGGAUCAGAUUGUGUGGGCUGGGAGGACAGGAAUAUACAAGAAUAAGGAGCGAGCGGAGUUCCUCAGCCGGAUAGCUUUCUAUUGCUUCCUCGGUUCUAAUACCUGCACAACCAUUAUUGAGCUUGCUGAGCUCCAACGGUUAUCUGAAUCGAUGAAGAAGCUAGAGAAGGAGCUCAAACACCAAGUGCUGUACAAGAACGAGCAAUACCGAAUGAAGCUGCAGAAGUCCAACGAGCGGCGUCUGGCUCUGAUCAAGUCGAGCCUGGACAUAGUUGUUGCCGUGGGGCUGCUUCAGCUGGCCCCCAAAAAGGUGACCCCCCGCGUCACUGGGGCGUUCGGCUUUGCCAGCUCACUGAUCGCUUGCUACCAGUUGCUUCCGAGCCCACCCAAGAGCAAGUGAUGCGAUCUGUAGAGGGCAGCUGGUGGCUCCAUCCGCUACUGAUGGCAUCGAUGACGACAAAUAAAUCCGGAAGAAACUCUCCGUGUAGCAUGUUUGGUAGACACUUGUAUUGUUGACUUGGUUAUAGUCCAUUGUGGCUGAUUAUUGUACGAUCCAAGUUGUAGCUUGCGGUGCCGGGACUUGUCAUCAGUUUUCACGAAAUAAGAAAUGGCCCGGAACUUGUCAUUUA